AAAUGUCAACUUUUACAGCAGCAGGAUGAAGUUGUGCUGCGUCCGCGUCUCGACGGAGACCCUGCUUUAAUUCAUGCACACACUCAUCCGGAUUAUAGACAUAUUUGGCCAAGACAAGAAAUCACCGUGCAGGAGAAAUAUCGCAUCCCCUCAGCGGCUUUUACAGAUCACCAUGACAACAAUUUGCAAUGGUGAAGAAUUGGAUACCGGGGCGCUUGGAGGCUGAUUGGGGAGCUUUGUGAGGGGCCUGGGGUCGCUGAUUGGUUCAAGGGAAGCACCGUAACUACAAGGAGUUUAUAUUCAUUCAACUUGUUGAAGUGCUUCAACUGCAGUCUGGAGAAGAGGCUCUGGUGUGGAACUCCUGCCCGCAGUCUGCGACCCAGACCGCCACAAGUGGUGAGCAGUAGGUUAGGCCUUCAGAAAGUCCGAUUCUGCCGCGCUAUUACGCACGGCCGGAUCUCAUCCGGGUGUUUUUCCUUAGUGGUGCGUAACAAGUCUAACAUGGACUAACUAAGCUCUGAAAAGACGAUGGCAAAUGCAGACAGUGAAGUCAAAACGCUGCUAAAUUUUGUCAAUUUAGCAUCCAGUGACAUCAAGGCGGCCUUGGACAAGUCGGCUCCCUGCAGACGCUCAGUGGAUCACAGGAAAUAUCUGCAGAAGCAGCUGAAGCGCUUCUCUCAGAGGUACUCCAGGGUCCCGCGAUGCCACACACACAGGCCUGCGGAGUACGGGUGCAGCAGACUGGCAGGGGCUGCACAUCAGAGUGAGAAGCUCGCAGCGACGGCCAGCUCUGGAGCGCAGGACGCGGGGAACGUCGGGAGCGCGGUGGAGCAGGUGCCAAUGAGGAAACGGCAGCUGCCAGCCUCGUUCUGGGAGGAACCCAAGUUGACCCCAUCCAAGAGCGGGCGCUCACAUUUAUUAGGACUGAAGCGGGUUCCUGUGGGUGCGUUUGAGGGAAGUGAGAAUGAGAAGAGGAAACGCGGCUGUGGAGAAGACGCGAAGGUCGCGAUGUCUGCGGCCAGUCGGCGAAACUCUGCGGACAAAGAGACGCUAAAACUGGACCUAACUUCCCACCACUGCGUCAGCGUGUGCGCCUGCUGCCCGUUCCUGAACCACGGCCAUCAGGUUCUACACAGUCACAUUGUUGUCCCUCAUCCGCCUUUGGGACUGUGGAGCAAGGCAGCAGGGACUGAGGCAGAGAGACCCGAGCAUCCUUUCACACAGAAGGUUCACACACACGUUGUGGUCAAACCCAUACCGACGAAACCCACCCUCCAGUCACCGAUCUUCAGUGUGUUUGGAUUCAUUUAAUGUCGUCAUUCAAAGACUGGGUCGGGACCUACAACUGGGACACAGUUUGUUUGUGUUCAGGUUCUUUAAAAAAUCAUUUAAAACUUCGUGUUUACAGUUAAAUCUUGGUUUUGUCAGACGUAAAACUUUAUAUUUGAUAAAAGCCCCUCAGUAACUUAUACGUAAACGACAGAAAAGGUAUAAGAAAUAUUUAUGGACUUUGGCGAAUGACGUAUUGAAAUUUAAUUUUCAGGAUUCACCAACACACAGUCCUAGUGAUGUAUAUCUGUAACAUGACAGUGUUAUAUCUACAUAAAUUGCUAAACUAUUCCAGACGUGUUAAUGUUUAAGAAGAGUUCCUUUAACAUUUGAGAAUUGAAGUUCACCCUAGAGGCCGCCAUUGUUACACAUCUUUACAAAAAAGUAAGAUAAAUGUGGAUAAACUCUUAUUUAAUGAAAGUGUAUGAUGAAAAAACAACAAAGUUAAUGACUAAUGAUUUGUGUGUGCGCUCCAAAGCCUCUUCCUCUCACAGCAUCAGACGGAGGGGUUAUUUAAAGCACUUAUUGCAAUGCUUCCUAACUUGUACUGAUUGAGUCAAAAAGGAUUGAAAUUGCACUCGUACAAUAACACGAUCGGCUACAGUCUGAUGUCAGUAUCAGAACACUGACACUAAAUGUGAGGGUUUUUUACUUUCAGGUCUCGACAGACACUGGCUGUUCUUUUUAAAGAGCGACACUGUGAGCGUGCUGCUUCAGUUUCCUCUUUCAUCUAUAAAUGUAGAACAUGGGUCACAUUUUUCUUUUGUCUGUCAAAGUGUUGUUCUAUUGGCUCAUUUGAAAUCACUACUUCCAAAUAAAAGACUCACUCACUCUUGAUACGUCCCCUGGGCAUUAGACUAUUUUUACCAUGUACUUGAGAUCUUUGGGGAAUGAGAAGAACAUUUGUUAAAGAAAAUGAGGAAGAAGUUUAUUUUUACAUAUAAUACUAUAAAUAAAUAUUUAAACACAAAGAGCUUUCAGAGAUCCCAUGCCAAACUUCAGGGUAAUGUUUCUUAUACACGCUAAAAAAA